CUACGUAGCUACGCGCAAGUACGUAUGUCCUGCGGAUACGUACGCCACUUCUUGAAUUAACCGACGAUCCAUUUUAUCAUGCCGCCAUGCGUCGUCCAACAUUGGCAUCGCCAUCGUGAAGCGGGUGGGUGGGGUUCACACAUGCAAUUCAGCCUAAACGCUGAGCGGGACAGUAAGUGAGCAACCCAAAGGCAGUGGGGUCUUGACGAACGCCUACGUCCUCUCGGACGAUAUAUAAUGCUCAGUCUCGGCUCGUCACGUCUCGGUUGAAGCAGGACGCGUUGCCCCUUCAUACAUCCAUCUGCCCAUACAAUACCGUCAUCAUGCCGCCCCUCAUCACCUCCAUCUACACAGCUGAUCCCUCAGCCCACGUCUUCAAUGACAAGAUCUACAUCUACCCGUCUCACGACCGCGAGACGGACAUUGCCUUCAACGACAAUGGCGACCAGUAUGACAUGGCCGACUACCAUGUCUUCUCCACGUCGGACCUGAAGGAGGUGACUGACCACGGCGUCGUGCUCAAGACAGAGGACGUGCCGUGGGCGAGCAAGCAGCUCUGGGCACCCGACGCUGCGCACAAGAAUGGGAAAUACUACCUCUACUUCCCGGCACGAGACAAGGAAGGUAUCUUCCGGAUUGGCGUUGCUGUUGGUGACAAGCCCGAGGGCCCAUUCACCGCCGACCCAGAGCCCAUCAAGGGCAGCUACUCCAUCGACCCGGCAAGUUUCGUCGACGACGAUGGCCAGGCCUACCUCUACUUUGGUGGACUCUGGGGUGGCCAGCUCCAAUGCUACCAAAAGGGCGACGACCAGUACGACCCCGAGUGGCAAGGACCCAAGGAGGUCUCUGGCGAGGGCGUCGCAGCACAGGGCCCUCGCGCCGCCAAGCUGACAGACGACAUGCACCAAUUCCAGUCGCCGGCCCAGGAGCUGCUCAUCCUGGACCCGGAGACCAAAAAGCCAAUUCUCGGCGACGACCACGCGCGCCGCUUCUUUGAAGCCGCGUGGAUGCACAAGCACAAUGGCAAGUACUACUUCUCCUACUCGACGGGCGACACCCACUUCCUCUGCUACGCCGUGGGCGACUCACCCAUGGGACCGUUCACGUAUGGCGGCAAGAUCCUGGAGCCCGUGCUGGGCUGGACGACGCACCACUCGAUUGUCGAGUACAAGGGCAAGACGUACCUCUUCUUCCACGACUGUGAGCUGAGCGGGGGCGUGGACCACCUCAGAAGCGUCAAGGCCAAGGAGAUCUUCUAUGACGACAAGGGCGGGAUCAUUACGACGACGGCAGAUUAAAGUUGAUUCGUGAAUAAAGUGGUCAUCCAUCCAAGAAUAUGUCGUAUGUUGUGUGAAUGAUGAUUGUAGCUUGGAGUGGGCGAUGUUGUAGGACAGACAGUAGGAGGCAGAUGGAAGGGGAAAAAGAUGAACAAGCGGCCAGUG